AUGCGACCAAUCGACGUCGUGAAAACGAAAAGAAGACUGGGAAAAACGAUGAAUUUAAAGAAAUCUGACUUCCGCGAUCAUCCAAUCCCUGAACAUUCGCGGUUUCUUUGGCUGGAUGAAAUGAGAGUAAUAUCACUUUCAUUUCUGAUUAGUUGCGUGAACGUCUACAGCUCAAUAAUGAGAGCUGAGCCGUCCGCCAACAAGAAAAGCUUCGAAGAAAAACCGCAGGAAGGUUACCAACUGCUGAAAGAUAAACCGAAUGCGACUGAUACGAAAAUACCUGGACAACUGGAUGACGUAGAAGAAGAAAUAGAAGAGAAACUUGCUACCUUCUCACCAGAAAAAUAUCCUAGUAUGAAAUACAAAGAAGGGAAAGGCAGUGAAUUAAAUGGUGGUACGACCGAGGAAAUCACCGAGAACGGCAAAGACUACACGCCUUUCUUUGAAGGAGAUAUCAUUCUCACGAAGUCUCUUCGUUCAUCGGACUCAGAAUGUUGUGUUACAGAAGAAGAUGAAACUAUGUAUGAUGAGGAACACGGUGAAAGUGAGCGCGUCAAACGUCAAGUUCACCGCAAUGUUACAAGGAUCUCUUCUAACAAUAAUGAGCCCGUCAUAAUACCACAGCCUGAUGGUAGGUAUUUACAAACUCUUGGAUCGCCGAUGAUUUCAUUUUACGAUAAACUGGCAAUCAACCUUCACUAUAAAUGCUUUGGUGAGAAAACAAAUGUAGUGACAAACACUGGAAGAAGUGUCAAAAUGGUGGCUUCCCCCAUCCACGUGAAUGCUGGAGAUGUGUCUGCCCUAGUGGAUAUGGCGGAAGAUAUUGCAAUGAAAGGUGACAAACACUGGAAGAAGUGUCAAAAUGGUGGCUUCCCCCAUCCACGUGAAUGCUGGAGAUGUGUCUGCCCUAGUGGAUAUGGCGGAAGAUAUUGCAAUGAAAGGCCAGGUGGUUGUGGCAAGACACUGUACGCAACGACCUGGUUCAAUAGACUCGUUGACACCGUUGGUAGAGAGGAUUACCAUCCCGAUAAGCCUCACGACGAAUUUAUCAUGUGCAACUACUGGAUCAAGGCACAGGCUGGCUCAACGAUUGAGAUGAGAUUUGAUAACUAUAGCAGAGAUGGGUAUUCUGAUGGGUGCGUAAAUUCGGGAGUUGAAAUCAAGACAGGAAACGACACACGUCUGACUGGUUAUAGACUCUGCGAUGACCGAUCUGCUGGGAUGUCAUUCAACUCUACGCGGAACAUCGUCCCUGUGAUUACUUAUAACAGAUUCUCUCCGAAAACCACCGUUCUGAGCUAUCGAAUAGGUAAUGUAAAUUUCUUAGGAAGCGAUUCCAUGCCUUUGAAAUUACUUAAUACUAUAACGCGAUUCAUUACAGUUUCUUCUGAUGCGACCAAGUGCAAGGAUAGCGCUAUGUAUGUUUCCUUUCCAACUAAAUCAUUUCCGUUUCAUUCCUCCAAGAGUAGAGUAUGUUUUAGAUGCUCGGUGUUGUUAAGAUUAAAGCCCUGUACGUUUUCAACCACCGACGGCUUUAGGAGGAAGUACUGUCCAAAAUCGUGCGGCUUCUGUUUGUAG